AAUAAAUUGGAUUCAUCCAUCUCAUUUCUUCUUCCACCUGCUUUCUUCAUUACCUGCUUUUUUCUUUACCUCUUUCCUUUACUUUCCUCCAAACAGUAUCAUGUCGCAGAUUAUCACAGAUCGGAAUCCGAUUCUGCAGAGCUUCGAAGAGAAACUCGAAAAUAUCAAAGCCUACCUCAGUGAUUGUCCAGGUUUAACUAUAGCGGUAACAAUGUGUUCCUUUUAUGUGGCUACGAUCUUCGCCACUCAGCUGAUCUUUCCGGUUUGGUUCGUACCUCUCUGGACCCCGGCAUUCAUGAAGAAUGUCUUAUGGACUGGUGUUAUUUGCAUGUGUACUACCCAUACACGAUUGGUCUUGGUGUUGGCAUCAUCUACAGAUGGAGGAAGCACGUGCCGGGGUUGCACAAGUUUCCUUACGCGUUUACAUUGAUAAAGUCCGUGAUUCAAGUCGCCGUGUUACUCCUGUUCACCUUCCUUGAUAAGUAUCUCAAGGAUCAUAAUGGGGCUGUCGUUGCCAUCGUCCUUGUGGCGAUCCAUAUCCAUCUAAUUUCCUUUUUUUUCGCCUUUUCUCUGGGGGAGGACUGUGAUAUCUUCAGCGCCUCUUUUGCAGCAUCCUUCACGCUCCUUUACGCGUUGGCGAAAAAAGAUUACAGACUCAUCUUAUGCCUUACCGCCGCCGCCAUUGUUCUCCUCUGGAUUAAAAAUCUGCUGUUGUUACCGCCGGAAAUCAAGAAGAUGGAGGAGUUGAUGGAUGACGAAGUACGAAAUAUGAUUGAGGAUUUACAGACGCAAACUACUAAAGGCGGAGUCAAAUCUUAAGGGUAAAGAGCAGCUGUUGGAGUACUUGAGUGAAUGAAGUUUGUCAGUGUGUUGCUGACUGGAGAGUACUGGUCUUAAGGCGACAGAUAAGAUUAACAAGAUUUAUAAGUAAUUAAUUAUUGAUACGAAGUUAAACUGUUAGAAAUAUUUAUCGAAUAAAUGUAAUACGUGAAUCCCUAUGCUAUAUAAUGACAGUUGAAUGAAACUCUU